AUGGAAUCAAACGGGAAAACCGCGCAAUCGGGGUCAGACACAAUGCCAAUCGAUGCAUCCAGUGGUUUGACUCCACGGCCACGCGUAUCCAACACACCGUAUAUCAUUGCGAUUGUUUGCUGUUGUUUGGGUUCGAUCGCGUUUGCCAGUCUGUUCGCAUUCAUGGUCUAUCGACUGAAACGAUAUCGACAGAAACGUGCGAAAAAGUUGCGCAAAACUCAACUGACCUCCGCGAUGGACGGGAUGAAGCCGAUGCCUGGGACAAUGCAUCAUCCACAACCAACGGCACAACAGCAUCAAUUUCUGCUCACCAACACUCAAACCACAAAUCCCCUUUUCCCGGUCACUUGUGCCACCAAUUCGAUGCCCAUCUCGCACAGUACCAGCCUGGCUCCGCUCUAUCCGAACAACUCGUAUCAUUACAAUCCGCUGAAAGGCACACCAUCCUCGUUCGGACAGCAUACCGGUUUCAAGGCCACGGACAAUGGCAAUGCGUUUGCCACACUGCAAUCCCCGAAUCACGCACUGAACACGCCCUUACUGGCGCCACAAACACUGUCGCCCAUGCUAUCGGAACAAUUGAAUUCGGGCAAUUACAAACCAAUGACGGCAGCUUUGGACCAAGGUGGGUGUGGUGUCCGCGCCUUUUUUGUUCUGUAG